ACUACUAUAUCAUACGGUUUACUUCGCCGUGGUUAUAUCGUUACGUCCGAGAAAUAGCUGUAUUUUGAAACAUUUUCAUUUCGCGCGACUUCUGCUUUCCAAUAAUUGUUUUGUUGAGUAUCAAACGUUCACAAUGUCGCGAGUGUCGCUCGAUACCCAGAAGCAAAAUUUUCUAGUAGAGUCGAUCGAGAAAGAGAUGAUGCACAGACUUCGAUGGCAAACUAAAUAUAGUAAAGAAUUUGCCAAACAGUUUUACCGUGAUUCAGAACUGAAGCGAGUCGAAACGCCAAAAGAACGACCAACCAGAGCAAAGCUGCUUCACUUACAACAACCGAAAAGAAACCAUCUCCAAUAUGUCAGUAAAAUCAAGAGAUUCGACGAAGAGAAGGUGGAACAGCAGAAAGAAAAGUCAUCACCGCCCUUGACCACAGAAAUGAGACCUGUUUCCAUGAAGACAAAAUCCCUGCUAUACCAAGGCUUCAGCAAAAUUGGAGAGGGGAGACAGUCGUAUUUACAUGCCCGUAAACAAAAGAAACCGUAUGACAGGUACGAAUUCCCCGUCACCAAUAGUUGGGAAUACGGAUGGAAAAUAGACGACUACAUGAAAUACUAUACACCGUCAAAACAUGGAGUAUCCCACGUGGUGCAGGACACUUUCUACCGCCCCAAUGGCGUACCGUUAGAUGAAUCGGAAUUCCAGCGCUGAGUUCGGCUGACAUCGGAAUUCCGCCGUUGAGUUCGGCUGACAUCGGAAUUUCUUUAAUGGAGUAGAAGACAAAAUGACCUUAAUUCGACGAACUUCGGCUGGGCAUUAAAAGUUUUGUACAAAUUGCUGUCGUUGUGACACAACAGAAACAUUUUCCUUUGUACAUUUUAGAACUGAUUGACUGACGUAAUACGCCGAGUAUUACAUUUUUGCUCUCAUUUGAAUACUUGAAGCAGAAAACACUAAAACGCGCAUCAUCAAAUUUGAGAGGAUAUACGUAAACUAUUGUUUUUACUAAUCAGUUUGCCAUAAGUUAUAUUUUUGUAAAGAAUGAGACUGCUAACUCAUUAACAUUUAC